AUGCUCUCUCCGGGACAACCCAAAGGUAUUCGAGCAGCAUGGGACACGGGUCACAGCGACAUGGGAACCUAUACCCUUCAUAUCCUCGCCCUCAUCGGCAUAGCCAAGGUCACAGUAUCUGGAGCGACCCUCCGGAAUCUUCCUACGCCUCACCAUCCUACUCGCCGCGGGCUGGUCAACGAGCCAAGUCCCUUGCCAUAUUCAGGAGGGCACCUUGCUGGUUCAAUUGCCAUUCCACAGCUUGCGUCAACAGAGCAGCAGCUAUACUAUGACAAAAAUAUGUCACAUCCGUCCCAAAAGGCCGAAUUUGCCGCUUAUCAAUCGCCGGAAGCCACCGUCGACCAGGCUGGGACGCCUGCACCCACAGAAGGCUCAGCCGAUCCAGAACAGAGCGACCAGGACGAGAGUGAAUGGCCCACCUCCACCGUCGCCUCUGCAACCUCUCCCACCGGGCCAGUACCGAAUGGCCCCCGAUUCGACGAUCAAUACCUUCCAUCGGGAAGCACUCGUUGGGCGAGAUUUCAAGUUCCUACUGACGUAUUUCUCAACCCUCACGACCCAGCGCGUUAUCACCUGUUGUAUACUAUUCGGCGGGAGACGUGGUUUCUUCGUCAAACAAACGAGCGACCACUUUCGGCAGACGAGGCUGCCCAGAUUCCAAACGCCAUUCCAGGGGAGUCGGUACUACUUGGGUUUUUUGACAGGUUUACCGAACGGGACUCUGGUCGUGUCACGUUUAUCUGCACCAUCUGUCAGCGGUCAUCGCCGAAUCCAAAACCAUACAACAGACCAGACCGUGCCAAAGUCCACAUGCGCCAUCACCUCGAGCAGAGACCGAUUCCGUGCACGGGACAGUGCAGAAAGCUCGGUUGCGCGCAGCGUUUCUUCACUCAGAGUGACCUUUCGGCUCACAUUGCUGGCAAGACUGAAUCAUUGGUCAACUGCGAAUGGUGUAAUAAGCCACUUCGACAGAAGAAUAUGAAAAGACACCAGAAAUUAUAUUGUCCGAAAGCACCGGGCCCAUCUCAGCAAUAG